AUGGCGACAGUGAUGGGCCUGGUCGCUGCUCGGGCCCUUGACGAGGCCGUCACUGACCCUGCUCCGAAAGGAGAGAAACGUCUCAUUACGCGCAACAGGACGAGCUACUCGUGCCAAACAUGUCGCCGCCGAAAGAUCAAAUGCGACAAACAGCAUCCUGUCUGCGGUAGCUGUCAGAAGUCCAACGAAAGUUGCGUCUAUGGCAAGCUCGAGCAUGCUGCAACUACACCCGCCCGCGGUGGCCAGGUUGCGAAACGUAGGAGCAGCUUCACGUCGAGUGGAAGACGAAGUCCUCCAUCAUUUUACCCAGCAGCCGAACUUGGCAACGGCGUUAUCCAAGGUCUCGAGCAGCAACUGAACCGGCUGACCACGUUGGUGGAGACCAUACAGAAAGAGUCUGCAGGAGUCCACGGUCCCAGACUCCCACCUACGCCGGCUUCGCUGGUGUCGCACAGAGAUACCGAAGACGACAACAGGGCUCAGAGUCAGCAUUCCGACUCUCCUAGCGUUGGCUCCGACGCGGCUGUUCAGAGAGCUGGCGAGCUCAGUGCUUCACUGUCUGAACUCGACAUCGCGAAACAGAAAUCGGAAUACGUUGUUGACACUAAAGGCCGUUUUUGGGCUCAUCUAGCAGACGAACUACAGCAGCUUAGAUACCUGAUCAAAGGAUCCCAAGCUUUUCCGACCGAACAACCAUUGAAAAAUGCCAUGGGCCUCGAGAUUAGCGAGCAAAGCGAUCAUAACAACUGUGAUGGGUCUCGGAAUCCGGUCGACCCUAACGCCAUUGUUGACGAACCAAUCGACAUUCACCAAUACCAGCAGGUCGACGCUGAUUUUGACUCUGAUAGAUGCUGGCCUUGCCACGUCAAGUCCGGAGACAAAUCCGUUCUACUCCUGUCUCGAAGACUGAGGAAGCUUGAUAUCGAUGCUGCUGAAGUAAACUUGCUCUCGAAUGUACCGACAGAGGCACAAAGCAAUGUCUUAUUUCGUGCUUGGGUUACCGGAGUGUGGCCAGCUCUACCAGUCUUGCCUUUACGCCUUACGUUCCGAAGAUAUGAGCAAUUCUGGAGCUGGAAAAACAAACUCAAUGGCGAUACUGACAAAGAAACCGAGACUCCAGACAUGUACACCAUGACCGCCCUACAUGCCAUUUGGUACACGGGUGCCCUGUCAUUGUCAACGAGAGGUUUCCAGCGCCUCUUCCCUGGGCUGUCUCGAGCUCAUCUCUGCGCACAGUACCACGAUCAAUGUGUUCGUUUAUUGACGACCCUCUCUUUCCCUACGAACAACCAGACGUGGCUGCUCGCGACCAUGGUCAUGCUCCAAUCUGCACCCUGUGGCGAAGAAGACCCUCUGCAGAACAGCGACUACGUCAACCUCAUGGUUCGGCUUGCUCAAGCUCAAGGCUUACAUCGUGAACCUACCCUCGCCGAGCUUCAUCCCAUGGAUGCUGAGAUUCGGCGUCGUAUUUGGUGGCAGAUCAUGCAACUAGAUACUUCGCUUGCGGUCGCGAGUGGUUUCCCAACCUGUACCUCUGAGGAAACUUCUGAUGUGCGCCCUAUUAGCCAGGUCAAAGAGAUGUUCAUCGGCUCCGAUGAAGAGAAGUCAUUGUUGCAGCUUUCUGCCAACGGAGGAAAGAAGAUUGAGGCUGUUGAUGAUCCUUUUGGGCCAUCGACUUCGAUCUCGUCAACGUCAGCACUGGUAUCCAGGACAUAUGCCUCUAUCGCCGUCGCAACACGCAAAUUGGUCUCUCUGCACAUGCGAACUCGGCCUGUCAACAAGAUCGAUCUCCUCGAGAUGAAUCAAAUUAUCUCCGCCACAGAGACCGAAGUGCGGGAUGUGAUCAAUAGUAUUCCAACCAAAGGGGUACCAGAAUUUGGAUUCACUCCUGACGUCUCGACCACGCGACUUACGCCUCCGACGGAUUGUGACCCAAUGCUGGAGGGCCCACUGCUCGAAUCUGAGAUCACCUUCUGGACUGGGAUUAUGACUGAAGAUCUGCCUACGCCCCUCGGGCGAUUCCACCGCCAAAGGCUUGCUGCGUUUCACAAAUGGGCCAGGAUCUUCCUUUCCAUGAUGUGCGAUAAGUUACACUGCAUAGCCUACGCUCCUUUCCUGAAGAACCUGAGAAGCAAGCUUUGGGAUGGUGGACGGCAGUGUGCACUGCACCAUACCAGCGCUUACUUCCGCAAAUUCAUCUCGCUGGCCAAAGACCCAGCAAUGCAAGCAUUCCGUUGGAGCUGGCCUGGAACCGCUCAACCCAUGCACGCCGCAAUCAUCUUGCUCGUCGACGUCUACGAGCGACCCCAGAGCGUCGAGGCUGCUCGCUCCCGUGCCCUGAUCGACGAGGUCUUCUCCCUCUCUGACCCAGAGAGCGGCAUUGUGGGCGGGCCCAACGGCGCAUCAGCCCAGAGACCUUUCCGCGAGGGGGGCGCAGAUGCAUGGGAAAUGCUUAGGAAUCUCCGAGCUUCGGCGUGGCGUAAAGCUGGCCUCGACCCCAACGCGUUGUGGACACAAGAGCAACAAGUACUCGGCGGAGUAGCCCAGCCCCUGACUUCGGAGCAAAAGAUCGCUCAGAGUCUGCGCGAAGAUACUUUAUACGAAGGCAGCACACCAGAGCCAAGCCACAAGUUGGCCAUCACCACCGCCAUCAGCGGACUGCACCGGGACAUGGAGACCGCCGAGCAGGCUCGUCUACAUGCGACCGACAACACAAAGACGGCUCAUCAACCGAAUGGCCCGCAGCCCCCCGCUGACCCAGCGGCCAAGCGACUGGUCAGGCUCCCGGGCCAGCAAUCGAUGCCCUUCCCACUCCUCACCCAACAACCCCCGCAGCAUCCGGCCCCUGUCCAUGUCCCCGGCCCGGCGAACCACAUCGACGCAACCAGAUACGACGGCGAGGCGCCCGAGGAAUGGCAGGAAGCCGAAAGACACGCGACGCAACAGCUGCCGCAGCAGCCGCGCGCCGCGCUCAAACCCUUCAUGUACCAGGCGCCCAACGGGGGCGACGUUGCCAUGACCAUGGCCCAGUCCUACACCACCACCACCACCACCACCACCAACAACAACAACGCGUCUUCUCAACAACUGCCCACGAACGGAAGCAUACCCGGACCUCAUCCAUCUGUCGGACAGCAGGUGGCGAUGAACUUCAGUCAGCUACCAGGAGGAGGAGGAGGAGGAGGAGGAGGAGCUCUAACAGCUGGCUCUGGUGUCGGUGUAGGUGCAGGCCUGCUGCCGUCGGACCACAUGGAUUUCGAGUUUGAUUGGGACGCGUGGGACGCCGUCUUCUCCCAAUACUCUGGCUACGCGGACUUCUUGGAUGAGGUUGACCAUGAGGCCAUCUACAGCAUGGAGCAGCCUACCCGGUAG